GCCAAGACGCCACGCGCAUCUCUGCCUCGUGGCUCUCUCACCCUCUCCCUUCUUUCUCCUCUUCCCUGUCACUGUUCCUCCGGGAGACGUUCACUUUUCACCAACCUUUCUCCAAGCAUCUCCAAGCUACUGGCUGUGUAUAUUUUGCUACAAGAGACCUAGAAGAGGAAAAAAGGGACGAGACUUUUCAACACACCGUUUAGGGAGAAAAAAACACACACACACACACAAACCAACAACGAAUUUCUCGAAAUGUUUGAGAACAAUUAAAAGGAAAACUAAGUAAACGGUCGUUCAUAUCGUCCACGUCCUGAGACAUUACCGUCCCUCACUGUGGACACCGGCGAGAUGACAGCUGCUUUUUCAUAUUUGAAUGUAAUAAAUAUUGGUUGCUUUUAAUAUAUUUCGGAAUUUCUCCCCGCGAUUCCCUGGAAUCUUAACUCUAAAAGAUUGGAGAAAAGAUUAUCGAAAAGGCGUCUACAAGCCUCCAAAAUGAUGCUGAGUCCGGACCAAGCCGCCGACUCGGACCACCCCAGCUCGGCGCACUCGGACCCGGAGUCGUUGGGCGGCGCGGACACCAAGGUACUGGGCAACGUGUCGGACCUGGAGCCGGUGGAAGAGGCGGAGGGCGACGGCAAGGGCAGCAGCCGGGCGCCGCUCUACCCUCACCCGCAGCAGCUGAGCCGCGAGGAGAAGCGCCGCCGCCGGCGCGCCACGGCCAAGUACCGCUCCGCCCAUGCCACCCGCGAGCGCAUCCGCGUGGAGGCCUUCAACUUGGCCUUCGCCGAGCUCCGCAAACUGCUGCCCACGCUGCCCCCGGACAAGAAGCUCUCCAAGAUCGAGAUCCUGCGCCUGGCCAUCUGCUACAUUUCCUAUCUCAACCACGUCCUGGACGUGUAGGGCCGGGCGCGCUGCUGGAGGCGGCGGGUCCGGAUGUCGGGGGGAACGCGACGGAACCCGGAGGAUGCCGCCGGGCUGGCAGAGGAGGCAGCGGCCCAGUGGGAGACCCAAUUGGACAGGGGAAGAAGCUCUCAGCGUGUAGCGUUCUCUCGGAUCAGCAGGGCGACCAGCAAAGGUUUCCGACUCUGGAGCGUGGGGAUGUCUGGCGAGAGCCCUGGGGCUUGCAGGGGGUGUAUUCCAGGCCCGGUGGACCUCCUGGAGGCACCAGAAAUGAGCAGCAUCCAGGCCUUCCCUCCACGGGUUAGGAUCCCUGUAAGGGUGGUUGCUUUAGCUCACUGGAGAUCUGGGGUUCUCCUCGUUUUAUCUCCCACAGCUCUUCAUGUUUUUAAAGAAUGGAGGCAGAGGCUUGAAGUCUAGGUUCAUAACUUUAGACGAUCUAGAUUUUUCUUUCCUUCUAAUUGACAAAUCACCAAACAUUCAGAGGGGGAGGGAAGUGGAGGGACUCUCCUCUAGCAUGGAGUUUUUAGGCCUAUGAAAGUGGAACAAGAAACUUUCUGUACUGUUGUGAAAAGCAAGCUUAGAUUAGAAUCCAAAUACAACAGACAAACGCUGCAUAUUUGCUAAGGUUAAGAAGAUACAUUGAAAACAGAUACUUUGUGGGAGACUUGAGCUUGGUGAGAUUUGAACCCCCAGGUAUGACACUAACGUAGACAGGAAAAUCCAUAUUUAAAUGGAAAACUUAAUAUCUGAUUGCUAUUUCAGGCGAAGUGCCCCUUUAUAGAUCCAAAAACAUCUAUUUGUGACCUUAAAUAUGUGGACCCAUAGGUGCAGUUAGAAAAAGACAACCUAUUUUUAUUUAUGUUAGAAGGAGUAGAGUAUUUUUUCCAAGACAUUUAUUUUUCAGAGUGGUGAUAAUGUUACUUUGGAUACUCUGUGCCAAUUUAUUUAUAGUCAAGUGUUUACACUUUUCCUGUGGAAUAAUUAUGUCUAACUUUUUACGUGUUUGUUGAGAUUAUACUGUGGUCUUUCUUUUUUGCUCUAAUUAUAUUGCACUUGUAUAACAAAUUUCCCACUUCUCCCUGUUUCUAAACAUAUUUUAUAUAUUAAGAUGUUUGUUCUUGAAAGGUUCUUUUGUUGUGAGAUCAGCAACACUAGCACUUCACUAUUAUAGUUUUUUAAAAAAGUAAGUGUUGUUAUUCUUAUCUGUAGUUAUGUCUGAAAAGUACUUUACAAACUGUUUAUAAGGAGAGUAGCUUCUUUGUGUGUGAGGGUGUGUGUGAUGUUUGUGCGUGGGAUGAUUUUAGGAAAUUAAGUUAUUUUCCUAAAAAAAAAAAAAAGAAUCAGAACUACUUUCCUCUGUGACAACCAAAAAGAAAUGUCUAUAACCUGAAAACGUUUCAUGUUCUCAGCUUGAAACUCUUAAAACAAGGAGUGUAUUUUAGA